UCCAUAGCCACUCACCAUUUCUUCAAAGAUAGUCCUAUAAUGUUUUUCUUAAUUAGUGCCUUAAAGACCUCUCGCUCAGAAAAAAAAUUGAAACUUUAGUGCUAAACAAUGAUCACAAGUCCAACAUUUCAACCUCUAUGUAACACUGUCACCUUUUUAGUCCCUCCAACUUUUCCGGGUUCUUCUGCUUUCUUGCAAAACUCCAUAAAAAACCCAUGUAGAAAAAGGAGGGAAUCCAAGUGUUAUAGAGAGAGAUUGGUUGGUAAGAGAAGGGGAGAGAUUGUGUGUUGGGCAUUGCUCCCAGUGGACCCAUGGGCACCCAACAUUGAUUCACAGAGUAUAGCUUCACAGCUCUUUGCUUUUUCUUUGUUUCCCUACCUUGGUUUCUUGUACUUCAUCACUAAAUCCAAGUCUGCUCCAAAGCUCACCCUCUUUGGAUUCUACUUCUUGCUCGCCUUUGUGGGGGCUACCAUUCCUGCUGGAAUUUAUGCAAAGGUGCAUUAUGGUACUUCCUUGUCUAACGUGGAUUGGUUACAUGGUGGAGCUGAGUCACUUCUUACUUUGACCAACUUAUUUAUUGUGAUGGGAUUGAGAGAGGCUCUUAGGAGAGCUCGAGCUACAAAACAAAACACAUCUAAUUCUGCUGCGGGGUUGAAAGAAGAGAGGCGUUCCAUAUAGGAAGAGAAGAUUUAGUUGUCCAUUUGGUUUUGUUGUCUUUCUCAUUAUCUUCCCAAAGCACCACAUUAGCUGCUCUGUUCUGGCUGAUUUGCCUCCUUUUUUUCUUCCUAUUUCUUCUCAAUGCACAUAAUAUUUGAGAUACUUCCUGCAGCAAUGCUUUUACUUGUGCUCUCUCUUGAGAGUUCUCACCUCAACUAGAUGUACAGUGAAAGAAUGUGUUCCUUUUUGCUGUUAAGCACAUCAUGUAUUUGUUCACUUUCAGAAUCUCUCUAGAGUAAACAUGAUGUUGCAACAUAAAAUUAUGUCUACUGUCCAUCUUUCUUGUUGGUGUAUUCACAUUUUGUGGUUUUCUGUC